GCAUCCAUCGCGACCUCAACACCAAAUGGAAUCCCCUACAGCCCUCAUUCAGCAGACUAUUGCUGGCUUUCAGACCUCGUCGGACCUGUCCGCAAUUGCCCGCAUUCAAGAUGGCUUCCGCGAUAUCGCAGAGUCUAGGGAAAGACGACGUGACGAGACGCGACUCGCUUUGAAAGAGCUUUUGCGAGCUCUCACUCUGGAAAAAUCAACAUAUGAUUCUCUUGUAAAUUCCCCCUCAAGAGAAGAACAUGCCUCGUCAAUGCUUGCAGCAGACAGACAGAAGUUCUCCCUCGCCAAGUCAAUCAACGACGUUGAGUCUGAGCUUCAGUCUGAGGAGGCAAAGUUACAGAGACUAAAGGACGAACUUAUUGCCUUGGAACAAGAAGAUCCAUCAGGUGAUUCCUCUGCCAAAGCAGCUGCGGACAACAUUGCAGUAUUGAAGUUGAGGGUGUAUCGCAACCUGGGUAUCGACUUGGAGGAAGAUGGCGCUGGAGGGUUUGCGAAAGCUCAUAUCCGCACUCUGGACAACAAAGAUGUGCGUCCGCUCAAUAUUGAGAACAAAUAUGGCAAGUACUUUAGUGCCAACAAUUUUUGGGACUUCCUCUCGUUAUGAAAUCUGCGAAUCUUUCUUUUGGCGUAACUGGGAUUUUGGUUAAGGAGUUUAUGGGUGGGUUAGGUAUGCUAAUUACUGUUUACACGUACGCACAAGUCAAGCCCGUGCACGAGACGUUGGCAUGAUGGGUUCUUCAAAUUCACAAGUGACUAUUGCAAUGCGU